AUGGCGGGGCGUCUACCACUAUCGCAACCCUGUCAGACAUGUGGAACGAAUGCCGAAAAGACAUUUACUUGCAUUCAAUGCAAUAACCUUUCCUUUUGCGACGCGUGCUGGCCAAAAUGGGUCUUGCACACUCCCGGCGCCGUCGGUUGGAACGGCAAGCCACACGAAAAGGCGGAUCCGCUUGUUGUCCACCGACUGCGUCAGAUCUUAGAACCGACUCGCACAGAGGCAGAGCACGAAUCCGAGCUUCUUGAAGAUCGCGAUACAACCUGGUUUGGAUUUGGUCGCGAUGCCUCCGGUCACCCCCUAUUUCACGACUUCGGCCGGUUCGCGGCUAUAAUGAGCGAAACCGUUACCGAUGAGAACGCCGAACGAUACCCUCAACUUGCUACUUUUAUCGGAGAAACCGGUGUUGGAAAGAGUACCCUCAUCAAACUCCUUAUCGACCGUCAUGACUUGACGGCCCCUGAGGGAUCCAAUUACUACGCUCCAGUAACAUCCUCUAGCCAUGAUCGCAUUUCUACCACAGGUGAUGUUCACCUAUAUGCGGACCCGUCAACUUUAUAUAGCAGCCAUCCGUUGCUUUUAGUUGACUGCGAAGGUCUCAGUGGAGGAGAGGCUAUACCGAAACAACUGCGAAAUAGCCCACAAGAACCAAGUACAACUGAUCCAGGCGUCAACAAACACUGCUUAACCAGAAAAAUCGCGUGGGCAGAUACACCUCAUACCCAGAAGAGGGAAUUCGCUGUUAGCCAAUUAUACCCUCGCAUUCUCUAUACCUUUUCCGACGUCGUGGUUUUUGUCUUGCGGAAUCCAAGGUCAUUUGAAUCAGUUGUCCUUGAUAAACUAAUAAGAUGGGGUGCAGCUUCAAUUGAUAAAUCACUUAAUCAACCCGUGCUACCUCAUGCCAUAAUAGUUUUUAAUGCGACGGAUAUCAAUGUCGACGAGAAAGAAUGGGAUAUCACUAAGGCUACGCAAAUGCUGAUGGCAGAUAUUCAUGGCGCAGUCUUCCGCGAGCCAGCUUUACAAGAACAUGGUACAAGACGCGGAAAGAGUAUAUCGAACACCAAAGAGCUUCUUGAGUGUUACUAUGCUUCCAUAAAUGUUGUGCGAAUUCCGUACAAAGGAUCAUACAUGUUGAUGCAUGAGCAAGCCGGGAAGCUUUGCAGCUUGAUUAACGAUCGCUGUAAGGCUUCUUACUUGAGAAAGAAACAAGUCCGAAUGUUAGCGAACACGGAGAAGCUCCAGUUCUACCUCCAAGCGGCUUAUGACCACUUCACAAAAGAUCUCAAUACGCCUUUCGAUUUCGUCAAGGAAACUCUUCGGCAUAGCCCCAUCUCCCGGAAUUUCGAGGGCAACAUAUUGAAUCUAGCAUUGGCGAUCAAGGACAGGUCGACCGAACCACUUCUUAGUAACGAUGUGGAGCAAAUUUUUCGAGCUAUAGGACCGAUGAUAGCGUCAUGUGUAAUGCUUGAUGCUGUUCGCCAACAUUUACCAGGAAGCGCAAGCCGCCUUCUCGACGAUCGAUACGCAAAGCUAUGCGCUGGUGCAUUACAGACUUUCGCUGACUUAUACUGCCCGUGCGGCUUCAAGAACUUUUCUUAUGGCAGCGAGCUUGGUCAAUGUGUUAAUGUUAGAUCCGGUCACAAUCCCAAAGGUCACCAGAAUAAGCAAGGGAAAAUCAUCGGCAAUGGAGACUACGAGUCCAACUUCAACGUCUCGGCCUUCCGACCGGUCUGGGAAGAACUCCUCAAAGCGAGCCUCACACAGGUCCAAUCCUCUAGCUUCAAGCUAGGUCAGGAGUUUCCAGAUAGGAAUGAGCUCCAGAUUGCUGCGCUUAUCCACCAAGAACGGUUGAAUGAACUUUAUUCGAACGUCCUUGGCGCUGCGACUAAUUAUAUUAGCUAUUCCGCAUGUCUUUGUUGCCUUAGAGAGCUUCCGGAAUGCGCACUACCCUGUGGCCACGUCCUAUGUUUCCCGUGUGUGCAGCUGUAUGGAACCAGAACAUCGAAAACCACCAUUGAGAUCACUCGCUGUCCUUUACACCCCCGUGAUAUCAUCUCUAACCCUGCUUGGGUUAUCACGACGAAGCCGCGUUAUGCUGGCGCUCGAGUCUUAUGUCUUGACGGUGGUGGAAUCCGCGGAGUAAUACAGCUCCGGGUUCUGAUGGAACUAGAAAAGGUCCUCGGACCGGGACUGCCUAUCCAGUUAUUCUUCGACCUGAUCGUUGGUACCAACACCGGAGGUAUCAUAGCAAUCGGGCUAGGAGUGAAGAAAUGGACCGUCAACGCAGCAAUGGAAAAAUUCAAAGAUCUCUGUAAAGAGGCUUUCGUGCCUCGAGAAAUGACUAGUAUACCAUUGUUCGGCGCACUAUCGAGUCUCUAUCACGGCAGUACAUAUAAGACCCAACCACUGGCCAAGGGUUUGAAGAGAUAUCUGUCCGAUCAGCCAUUCUUUGGAGUGUCCACCUAUCGAUCUCAAGUAGUCGCCUCGACCAAGGUUGCCGUUACAGCUUCAACAGGUAUAGAGCGACAACCCGUUGUAUUUGCUAAUUAUAAUCGUCCGGAUACACCUGUGAAUAGGGUUCCAUAUAGAUUCAUUCGAUCAGAUACACCAUCAAAGGAAAUUCGCGUAUGGGAAGCUGCUCGGGCCACGACGGCGACUCCUCCUUUCUUCAAGCCAUACCUCAAAGCCGAAACGAGUCAAGAAUACGCGAACAACGAUGUACGCCUCUCAUGCCCGAUUGCGAUCGCUCACUACGAGACGAAAUCAAUCUGGAGCGACGUAGCCGAUUGUCCACCUGACUUAAUGCUUUCCAUCGGCGCGGGACGGAACGUCGGCGACCGCAACAUAGACGAUUCGAGCGCAACCCGAUCUUCGCGAUCCAUGACGAACGAGACUAUCACGACGGCUGGUCACAGUGCCAGUGCCGUGGUAAGACAAGGGCGAGGUGGAGCAGGCAACUACAAGCGACAAAAUACAUCGAUGUCGGCAUCUUCAGACGAUGGCGUCCACGGUAAGGCAACAGGCGGAUAUGUCGUCCGGGAUCCAAAGACGCCAAUGCUAGUGUCCUUCAAUAAUCCCGUCCCUAGUCAAUCAGACAGGCACAACGACCAGCGGCAAUGCGACCGGGUCUGGAAUCGAUUCAUGGCUAGCAGCGCAAUGAAAGACAACGCCACUCGUCAGCGCUACAUGCGGAUUUGUCCAGAGCUUUUAUUGAAGUUGCCGAAGUUUGAUGAUGUUUCGAGGAUGGAGUCCGUGGAGCAGGAGACUGCAGAAGUACUGCGACAGAACCACCAGGAUAUUGUUGAAGCUGCGCAUAGACUAGUCGCGAGCACAUUCUUCUUCGAGAGGGAUGUGGGUAGCGUAAAGCAAAGCUCGUCGGGAUACAGCUGUACAGGCUCUAUAUUCUGCCGAUUCCCACUUUCAUCGCGCAAGCUCACAUCUUUGGGUUGGUUCCUUAUUUCUCAGCUAGACGGCGAUUUUGAACCAUACUUCUUGGUUGAGGUGCGGGAUGAGGACGGAAGCGCGCCGCCUCCGCGACAAAUUUUCCUCACGAAUUCGGUGUUGCAGGAUAUGCAUCUGCAGGGGAAUUUCCACCUCGAUCCUGUGAAGGUUAGUGCGACGACGGAAAAUGCAGAUGUCAAGAUCUCGCUCUGCUUACGGACUCGUCCCUAUCCCAGCGGAGACAUAGUCUUGCCCAUCAGUGGCUUCCCACGGAAACUCAUGACUGAGGAUGGCGGUGGUCUUAUCUAUCAACCUGGAUCUUCUGCUAGAGCACAUCCGUCCGUCAUCGAGAAACGAUCAUCGGUCGCGUCGGGUGCUACCGCUGCCAUCCCCAGCCCCGCACCUAGUAUCAAUUCAAUGCGAAAACUCUCGCUUAGUAGAGAUUCGGAUUUCAUGGCCGAGUUAGAGGGCUAA